AUGUUCUCCAAACACUUAAAACCAUAUUUUAAAACUAUUUUGAUAUUGCAGAUCGUAGCCCUUUGCGCCUUCGCGGCUGUAGCCCAGGCCGGUCUCCUGGUUGAGCCGCAUUACUCCUCGGCUGCCGCCGUCUCUUCGCAGAGCAUCGUGCGCCACGACCAGCCCCAGGCCGUGGCCCACAAGCUGGUGGCUGCCCCCGUCGCCUACCAUGCUGCCCCCGCCCCCGUCACCUACCACGCUGCCCCUGCUGCCGUCACCUACCACGCCGCUCCCGCUCCUGUUGCGUACCACGCCGCUCCUGCUGCUGUCCACUACAGCGCUCCCAUCGCUAAGGUCGUCGCUCACGAAGAAAUUGCCCACCCCCAAUACGAGUACUCUUACUCCGUUGCUGAUGGACAUUCCGGCGACAACAAGUCCCAGCACGAGACUCGUGACGGAGAUGUCGUGAAGGGCUCUUACUCCCUCAAGGAGGCUGACGGCUCCAUCCGCACCGUGGAGUACACUGCUGACGCUCACAACGGCUUCAACGCGGUGGUACAUAACACCGCCCCCACGCACGCGCCCGUCGUGGUCAAGGCCGCUCCCGUCGUCUACUCCGCUCCUACUUACUACCAUCACUUCGAUUCGCUUAAAUUUGACCUUCCUUGGUGCAAAUUGCAAGUAUAUAAACUAGAUCACGGGGUGUUAUAUUCAUCAUUCACAUUUGUGAAACAUACAAACAUGUUCUCCAAAAUCGUAGCCCUUUGCGCCUUCGCGGCUGUAGCCCAGGCCGGUCUCCUAGUUGAGCCACACUAUUCCUCGGCCGCUGCCGUAUCAUCUCAGAACAUCGUGCGCCAUGACCAGCCCCAGGCUAUAGCCCACAAGCUAGUGGCUGCUCCUAUCGCCUACCACGCCGCUCCCGCUCACGUGGCCUACCACGCUACCCCCGCCCCCGUCACCUACCAUGCCACCCCCGCUGCCGUCACCUACCACGCCGCUCCCGCUCCUGUUGCGUACCACGCCGCUCCCACUGCUGUUCACUACAGUGCUCCCAUCGCUAAGGUGGUCGCUCACGAAGAAAUUGCCCACCCCCAAUACGAGUACUCUUACUCCGUUGCUGAUGGACACUCCGGAGACAACAAGUCCCAGCACGAGACCCGUGACGGAGAUGUCGUGAAGGGCUCUUACUCCCUCAAGGAGGCUGACGGCUCCAUCCGCACUGUGGAGUACACCGCUGACGCUCACAACGGCUUCAACGCGGUGGUACAUAACACCGCCCCCACGCAUGCGCCCGUCGUGGUCAAGGCCGCUCCCGUCGUAUACUCCGCUCCCACUUACUACCAUCAUUAAACAAUUCGACCAAAGAAACGAUUUAAUGAUGACUAGUUAAUUUAUUGCAAAUACAUGUUUAAGAUCUUAUUCUGUACUUAUUACUUUGACCUAGUUUUGGAUGGUUGUUUUUCAUGUAAAUAUACCUAUUACGCUUAUAAUUUAUUACCUGUUAACAGCCUGAGAGUGAGUGUGCUGAGCUCUGCCUGAGAGUGAGUGUGCUGUGCUGUAUGUGUGCCUUUGCAUA